UCGGGUGCUGCAGCGGCUGCCGGCCCCCUGGCCCCCUUGCGCUUCCCCGCGCUCCCGCCCUCUCCCGCAGCUUCCCCUCUCCGCGCCUUCCUCGCUCCCUCGUCUCUCGCUCCCUCUCUCGCUCGCUCUCUAGCUCGCUCUCAUUUUUUUUCCUGCUGCUGUUGCCGCUGCCGCGGCGCCGCCAGGCGCCCGCACCUCCGCUGGUUGCGCUUGCCGGUCGCUCCCGCUCCGCUCCGUUCCCAGCCCGGAGCUCUCGGCCAGACCCAGCUCCCCUUGCCGCCUCGCCAGCUCCUUCCAGCUCGGACGCCGGGCUCCGCGGCAGGUGGAGCACGGGUUGCCGCCGAUUCCCUCCUCGCUUGCUGGCUCGCCGGAGCAGCAGCGCAACGCCGCGCGCUUGGUGGCGGCUCCUGCCGGGCGGCCGCCAGCUCAUCCCCGCUGCGUCCCGGACUCCGGGCGGCUCUGCGCCGGGCUCGGUCCGCAGCGUCAGCACCGCUCGCCGCGGCCCGGGCUCUGGGCACCGCGAGAACCGUGCCUCCGGCCGUCGCUUGCCUGCCUGCGCCCCCUGGGCAGGCGGGCACGCAGCCGAUCCCUCGCCGCGGCUUAAACCUUGCUGGCGCGCGGUUGGUAAGAGGAAAGAAUUGGAGCUGUUUUCUCCUUGAUGCCAAGAUACGCCAAGCUAGGAGCACUCUGCGCUUUCCACAGUCAUCCACCGAGAACAGGCCUGCAGGACGGGACGAGGAUCAGAGCCUCCCUGCAACCCCGGCCACUGCCUGCCGUCUGUGGGCCUGGACUGUGCGGGCAACUGCACUUUGCCCGAGUGACAAGGAGGAGGUGGGAGAGGGCAGCAGCAUGGGCCAUGUGGUUGGCUGCCCUCAGUCCCCCUGCUGCUGAAGCUGCCCUGCCCAUGCUCACCCAGGCCGUGGGUCCAGGGACCUGCCAGGGCUAGGAGUGAGCCUGCUGUUCAUGGGUCUCUAGGGAUUUCCGAGAUGCCUGGGAAGAGAGGCUUGGGCUGGUGGUGGGCCCGGCUGCCCCUUUGCCUGCUCCUCAGCCUUUACGGCCCCUGGAUGCCUUCCUCCCUGGGGAAGCCCAAAGGCCAUCCUCACAUGAAUUCCAUCCGCAUAGAUGGGGACAUCACACUGGGAGGCCUGUUCCCGGUGCACGGCCGGGGCUCAGAGGGCAAGGCCUGUGGAGAACUUAAGAAGGAAAAGGGCAUCCACCGGCUGGAGGCCAUGCUCUUCGCCCUGGACCGCAUCAACAACGACCCGGACCUGCUGCCCAAUAUCACGCUGGGCGCCCGCAUUCUGGACACCUGCUCCAGGGACACCCAUGCCCUCGAGCAGUCACUGACCUUUGUGCAGGCGCUCAUAGAGAAGGAUGGCACGGAGGUCCGCUGUGGCAGUGGCGGCCCACCCAUCAUCACCAAGCCUGAACGCGUGGUGGGUGUCAUCGGUGCUUCAGGGAGCUCGGUCUCCAUCAUGGUUGCCAACAUCCUUCGCCUCUUCAAGAUACCCCAGAUCAGCUACGCCUCCACAGCGCCAGACCUGAGUGACAACAGCCGCUACGACUUCUUCUCCCGCGUGGUGCCCUCGGACACGUACCAGGCCCAGGCCAUGGUGGACAUCGUCCGUGCCCUCAAGUGGAACUACGUGUCCACGGUGGCCUCAGAGGGCAGCUAUGGCGAGAGCGGUGUGGAGGCCUUCAUCCAGAAGUCCCGUGAGGACGGGGGCGUGUGCAUCGCCCAGUCGGUGAAGAUACCCCGGGAGCCCAAGGCAGGCGAGUUCGACAAGAUCAUCCGCCGCCUCCUGGAGACCUCGAAUGCCAGGGCAGUCAUCAUCUUUGCCAACGAGGAUGACAUCAGGCGUGUGCUGGAGGCAGCGCGAAAGGCCAACCAGACAGGCCAUUUCUUCUGGAUGGGCUCUGAUAGCUGGGGCUCCAAGAUUGCACCGGUGCUGCACCUGGAGGAGGUGGCUGAGGGGGCUGUCACGAUCCUCCCCAAGAGGAUGUCCGUGCGAGGCUUCGACCGCUACUUCUCCAGCCGCACACUGGACAACAACAGGCGCAACAUCUGGUUUGCGGAGUUCUGGGAGGACAACUUCCACUGCAAGCUGAGCCGCCACGCCCUCAAGAAGGGCAGCCACGUCAAGAAGUGCACCAACCGUGAGCGAAUUGGGCAGGACUCAGCUUAUGAGCAGGAGGGCAAGGUGCAGUUUGUGAUCGACGCCGUGUAUGCCAUGGGCCACGCACUGCACGCCAUGCACCGUGACCUGUGUCCCGGCCGCGUGGGGCUCUGCCCACGCAUGGACCCCGUGGAUGGCACCCAGCUGCUUAAGUACAUCCGAAACGUCAACUUCUCAGGCAUUGCAGGAAACCCCGUGACCUUCAAUGAGAAUGGAGAUGCACCUGGGCGCUAUGACAUCUACCAAUACCAGCUGCGCAACGACUCUGCCGAGUACAAGGUCAUUGGCUCCUGGACUGACCACCUGCACCUUAGAAUAGAGCGGAUGCACUGGCCGGGGAGCGGCCAGCAGCUGCCCCGCUCCAUCUGCAGCCUGCCCUGCCAGCCGGGCGAGCGGAAGAAGACAGUGAAGGGCAUGCCCUGCUGCUGGCACUGCGAGCCUUGCACAGGGUACCAGUACCAGGUGGACCGCUACACCUGCAAGACGUGUCCCUACGACAUGCGGCCCACGGAGAACCGCACGGGCUGCCGGCCCAUCCCCAUCAUCAAGCUCCAGUGGGACUCGCCCUGGGCUGUGCUGCCGCUCUUCCUGGCCGUGGUGGGCAUCGCGGCCACGUUGUUCGUGGUCAUCACCUUUGUGCGCUACAACGACACGCCCAUCGUCAAGGCCUCGGGCCGCGAACUGAGCUACGUGCUGCUGGCGGGCAUCUUCCUGUGCUACGCCACCACCUUCCUCAUGAUCGCCGAGCCCGACCUCGGCACCUGUUCGCUGCGCCGCAUCUUCCUGGGGCUAGGCAUGAGCAUCAGCUACGCGGCCCUGCUCACCAAGACCAACCGCAUCUACCGCAUCUUCGAGCAGGGCAAGCGCUCGGUCAGUGCCCCGCGCUUCAUCAGCCCCGCCUCGCAGCUGGCCAUCACCUUCAGCCUCAUCUCGCUGCAACUGCUGGGCAUCUGUGUGUGGUUUGUGGUGGACCCCUCCCACUCGGUGGUGGACUUCCAGGACCAGCGGACGCUCGACCCCCGCUUCGCCAGGGGUGUGCUCAAGUGCGACAUCUCAGAUCUGUCACUCAUCUGCCUGCUGGGCUACAGCAUGCUGCUCAUGGUCACGUGCACCGUGUACGCCAUCAAGACACGCGGCGUGCCCGAGACCUUCAACGAGGCCAAGCCCAUUGGCUUCACCAUGUACACCACCUGCAUCGUCUGGCUGGCCUUCAUCCCCAUCUUCUUUGGCACCUCGCAGUCAGCCGACAAGCUGUACAUCCAGACGACGACGCUGACGGUCUCCGUGAGCCUGAGCGCCUCGGUGUCCCUGGGAAUGCUCUACAUGCCCAAGGUGUAUAUCAUCCUCUUCCACCCGGAGCAGAACGUGCCCAAGCGCAAGCGCAGCCUCAAAGCCGUCGUCACGGCGGCCGCCAUGUCCAACAAGUUCACGCAGAAGGGCAACUUCCGGCCCAACGGUGAGGCCAAGUCUGAGCUCUGCGAAAAUCUGGAGGCCCCAGAGAGCUCAUAGAACACUGACUCCAUCCAGCCCUGGCCAGGAGAAAGUUCUUCCUUUAACUGAGCUGGACUCUGACCUUCAUGCCUCCCUUGCAGGGAGGCCUCACACUCUCUCUGAGCCUCAAGCAGCUCCUCCCCUUCUUUGCUGAGCCUCAGUUUCCCUGCCUGUAACAUGAGCAGGGCAGCCCUUUGUGCCUAGACUACUUCUCCUGAGGGGCUUCCAACUGCCCCCAACAUUUUCACCCCAUUCUAUCCCCCAUGGUCAGAAAAAGAGCCGCAGUGGCUAUGUGAACCACUGCAGGUCAGUUUGCUUCUUCCACAUGUGAUAGACUGAUAGUUGGACACCACAAUCCCCCUGUUCGUGGGCUUCUAGUUACGCUGCUAUGACAAAAAAGUCCCAGAACAGAGCAGCUCAAAUCAGACAGAUGUGUCUUUCUGCUAUAAUAGGACACGGUGGCUGGGUGGGAGUGGGGACCCAGGAUCCUUCCAUCUUGUUCUCCAUUGGCUCCCUGAAGACUGAGGCUAGAUGACCUCAAUGAUUGUUCCCCUCAUGGAAGGGAAAAGAGAAGAAGCAUGGGGGAAAGACUCAUUUUAAUUGAAUGACAUGGGAGUUGCACAGUCCUUCCACGUGUGUUUCAUGAGGAAGGGCGCAGUCAGGUAAGGCAUCACCUAGCUGCAAGGGAGGCUGGGAAACAGCCCUUCAGAGUCAUGUGCCCAGUGAAACAGGGGACAGAAGAUUGGGGGGACAACUUGUAGACCACCAACCACAUUUGUCCCCCAAUUUCCUCUUCUCCAGACCUGAUGCCCCUGGCUGCGUCUGGCAGAUGUGCCUCCUUUUUGAGCCGACAUACCCCGACCUAGGGUCAGGGCAGCUUUAAGACAAAGGGCAGCUGGUUUCUCCCACCACUGCUUCUCUCCACACUUGCAGACCAGCCCCUGCCCCAGGCAGCAAGAGUGCCCUGAUUACCACCACUGAGCUGGCCCCCAGGCCGCUGAGGGAGCCCUAAACCCUGGCUGGGCAAGACAAAACCAAGGGUCUGGCCAGGUCCCUCACCCCUCUGGCCUCAGAUCCUCGUCUGUCAAAUUGGGUGAUGUUUCUUUGGCCUCCUCACUAGACUGCUGUGGGGUCUGCACUCUGGAGGGGCGGGGGUCACUCACUGCCCAUGAGAGCUGCUGAUCACUCAGCUGUGGACAGGAAUGGGAGGUACCCUGAUGUCCCGCCCCAGUCCCAGUGUGGAGUAAAGUCCAGAGGGACAGGAGCAGUAAAGGGGGGCUCAAGACCGAGGGAGAUGGGCGCCGAGAGGUAGAAAGGGUGGAUGCUGUGAGGGCCGUGCGGCCCUGGGGGACUUGUGUUUCCUUGGGCCUGGGGCAGAGGGCUGAGUCAAUCCCAUGCCUUAGUUUCUAGCCAUGCAUGGCCCUGCUCUGGUUUUCAUUAUUUAUUUCCUCUGUCCCCAUUCCCCACUCUCUUUCCCUAGACCACUCUUCUAUUUUAAUGUAUAUUCCUUACGUGUGCGUGUCUAAAAUGUGUGUGGUUGAACUUCUGAAAGACUUUUCUUUGAUAAUAUUUUAAGGUUAUAUGAUGUCGUAAAGAAGAUUUCUUUUGAAGUGUGGUAGAAUUAGGAGGUGGCAGGGGCCUCAUGCUGGGGAGACCCUCACACAGGAGUGGGCUUUGGGAGGGAGCGCUAGAGGGAGGUGUCACCUCUAGAGUGACAAAGGGAAGAGGAAAGGCAAGCAGCCCAGCCCGGCAAAGGCGUGGAGGUGGGAAACAUGGGCCCAGUCCCUGGAUGGGGAGCUGGGAACAGCAGGAGAAGCUGCCAGAUGGGCCAGGCAGGGCCAGUGCACACUUUGGGGCGAUGUUGCUUGCUCAGCUCAGGACCGGGUGCCAUGAGAGGUGGGGCGCUGUGGCAGGCUCUUGUGCAGGGCUGUGCUCUAUGGAAGGAGAGUUGGAGAACAGCAGCCCCUGAUUCCUGGGUACCCUUG